CCGCGCAUUGAUCCAGGGACGUACAAGCUUGUAACGCCUGUGACUGGUUAAGAGCACUUGAAUGAAAUCCUUGACUUUGGAAGACUCGCUUUGAGGGCUGCUUCAAACAAAUUUAACUCGGAACCUGGAUGGUUAGAGGCUGCGUGUCCAGUCUUCUCGCAUAUUAUUUUCCAAUCUCUUGGCGUUGCUGCAGUCUCACGUCCGCUGUUCAGACUGCAGGCAUUUGCCGACACUCCCUAACAAUUUGCCCAGAGUCAUCAAUUAUGCAGGGCAGCCGCGCGCACGCCGAGUCAAGAUAGCAGCAGCAGCUUGAGCAUCAGCAGCAAUAUGGCGACAGCCGCAGUUAGUCCAGACUUUUUUCGACAUCUGCAUUCCAUCGGACGCCCCGAGGAUUCUUGUUAAGGCGCGGGAAAAGCUGGAUGUCUGCAAUGGAAAACAAAUAAAGAAGAACUAGCUGCAGGAUGAAAACAUGGCCGCACCCAUUCUCGCACCCCCAGGACCUGACAGCUUCAAGAAGUUUACGCCGGAGUCGCUCGCUAACAUCGAGAAGCGCAUCAAUGAAGAGAAGAACAAGAAACCAGCCAAACCCCGGUCGGACAGCAGUCACCGCGACACGUCAGACGAGAAUGAGCCCAAGCCCAACAGGGACCUGGAGGCUGGGAAGAGCCUGCCGCUUAUCUAUGGCGAUAUUCCAAACGGCAUGGUGGCCACACCGCUAGAGGAUCUCGACCCCUUCUAUGUCAACCAGAAAACAUUCAUAGUGCUAAACAAGGGGAAAACAAUCUUCCGCUUCAGUGCCACGCCCUCCCUGUACAUCAUCAGCCCUUUUAAUAUUUUCAGACGAAUAGCAAUUAAGAUUUUGAUACAUUCGUUAUUCAGCAUGAUCAUCAUGUGCACCAUUUUGACCAACUGUAUAUUCAUGACAUUUAGCGACCCCCCAGAGUGGUCCAAACAAGUGGAGUACACGUUCACUGGGAUCUAUACAUUUGAGUCACUCACAAAAAUUGUGGCCAGAGGUUUCGCGAUUGAUGGAUUCACUUUCCUUCGAGAUCCAUGGAACUGGCUGGAUUUCAUGGUCAUUUCAAUGGCAUAUAUAACAGAGUUUGUGGACCUUGGGAAUGUGUCGGCCCUCAGAACUUUCAGGGUUCUCCGAGCAUUGAAAACUAUUUCUGUCAUUCCAGGCCUGAAGACCAUUGUGGGUGCCCUGAUCCAGUCUGUGAAGAAGCUCUCAGAUGUGAUGAUCCUGACCGUCUUCUGCCUCAGCGUCUUUGCUCUGAUCGGAUUGCAGCUCUUCAUGGGGAACCUGCGACAAAAAUGCGUCUUUUGGCCUGUAAAUACGACGAAUAUGUAUCUGUCCAAUGGCUCCAAGGGUUUUGACUGGGAUGAAUACCUCAUGAAUGACACUAAUUUCUACUUUUACCCCGGUCAAGCAGAUGCACUAUUAUGUGGAAAUAGUUCAGACUCAGGACGAUGUCCUGAGGGGUUUACAUGUCUGAAAGCCGGAAGGAACCCCAAUUAUGGUUACACCAGCUUUGACAGCUUUGGAUGGGCCUUUCUCACCCUAUUUCGUCUAAUGACCCAAGACUUCUGGGAAAAUCUCUACAUGCUGACAUUGCGAGCAGCAGGGAAGACGUACAUGAUCUUCUUUGUGCUGGUCAUCUUUGUGGGCUCCUUCUAUCUUGUCAACCUUAUCUUGGCUGUGGUAGCCAUGGCCUACGAGGAGCAGAACCAGGCCACUAUUGAAGAGGCUGAGCAAAAGGAGGCUGAAUUUAAGGCCAUGAUGGAGCAGCUCAAAAGGCAGCAGGACGAAACACAGGCUGCAGCCAUGGUGACAUCUGCAGGGACUGUAUCCGAAGUGGGAUUGGCCGAUGAGGGAGGGGGUCAUCUUUCCCGCAGCUCUUCGGAGGUCUCCAAACUGAGCUCUAAGAGUGCUAAGGAGCGUCGCAAUCGCAAGAAAAAAUGGCGUCAGAAAGAGCAGGAGAAAGAGAAGGGUGACAGCGAGAAGGUUGUCAAGUCGGAGUCUGAUGACGGCAGCAAGAGAAGUACACUUCGUUUCCCGGGAAGCCGUCUGGGCAGGAAGACUUCAAUCAUGAACCAGUCACUACUGAGCAUCCCGGGCUCACCCUUCAUGUCACGCCACAACAGCCGCAGCAGCAUCUUCAGCUUCAAAGGACGCUCCAAGGACAUGGGAUCUGAAAACGAGUUUGCCGACGACGAGCACAGUACAGUGGAGGAGAGUGAGGACCGCCGGGGUUCCCUGUUCAUCCCUUUCCGCCGGAACAGCUACAGCGGCUACAGCCAAGGCUCGUCACGUAUCCACCCGCUGGCGCCUCAUUCAGGAGGGAAGAGGAACAGCACAGUGGACUGCAAUGGCGUGGUGUCUCUCAUCGGACCGGGGCCUGGCAGACGGCUUCUGCCUGAGACAACAGAUGUGGAGAUUAAGAAGAAGCAUUCUGGCUCUCUUAUGGUAUCAGUGGAUCAGCUCAACUCAUCCUUUAAAGGAAAAGACCGGGCCAACAGUCAGAUGAGCGUCGUCACAAACACGCUGUUAGAAGAAUUUGAGGAAUCUCAGAGGAAGUGCCCCCCUUGUUGGUACAAAUUCGCCAACAUUUUCCUAAUCUGGGAGUGCCAUCCGAAUUGGCUCAAGAUCAAGCACAUAGUCUACUUGAUAGUCAUGGACCCAUUUGUGGAUUUGGCCAUCACAAUCUGUAUUGUUCUCAACACCCUUUUCAUGGCAAUGGAGCACUAUCCAAUGACACCACAUUUUGAAGAAGUCCUCUCUGUGGGCAAUCUGGUUUUCACAGGCAUCUUUGCUGGAGAGAUGUUUGCCAAACUGGUAGCAAUGGAUCCCUACUACUACUUUCAGGAAGGAUGGAAUUGUUUUGAUGGUUUUAUAGUGUCGCUGAGUUUAGUGGAACUAGGACUCCAGGAUGUGGAGGGUCUAUCAGUGCUGCGGUCGUUCCGAUUGUUGAGAGUGUUCAAACUGGCCAAAUCAUGGCCAACACUCAACAUGUUGAUCAAGAUCAUUGGUAAUUCAGUGGGCGCUUUGGGUAAUCUGACCCUGGUGCUGGCCAUCAUUGUCUUCAUCUUCGCUGUGGUGGGCAUGCAGCUGUUUGGCAAAAACUACAAGGACUGUGUGUGCAAGAUCGCAGAUAACUGUAAGCUGCCUCGCUGGCACAUGCAUGACUUCUUCCACUCCUUCCUGAUUGUAUUCAGAGUAUUGUGUGGGGAGUGGAUUGAGACCAUGUGGGAUUGUAUGGAGGUAGCAGGACAGACAAUGUGCCUCACGGUUUUCAUGAUGGUCAUGGUCAUUGGAAACUUGGUGGUGUUGAACUUGUUCCUGGCUUUGCUGCUGAGCUCAUUCAGCGCAGACAACCUCGCUGCCACAGAUGACGAUGGCGAGCCCAACAAUCUUCAGCUCGCUGUUGCACGCAUUAAGAUCGGCAUUGCCUGGAUCAAGUCCCACGUUCGUCUCUUUGUUGCCACGGUGCUCAAGAAGCCUGUUGAAGAUGAACAAAAACCUCUGGAUGAAAUGUACGAGAAAAAACUCAACUGCAUUGCUAAUCACUCAGUGGACAUCAACCGCGAAUUGGACUUUGCUAAAAAUGGCAACGGUACCACCAGCGGCAUUGGAAGCAGUGUUGGAAAGUACAUGAUUGAUGAAGACUACAUGUCUUUCAUACACAACCCCAACUUGACUGUGUGUGUUCCGAUUGCUGUGGGAGAAUCGGACUUUGAGAACCUUAACACAGAGGACUUCAGCAGUGAAUCGGAUGUGGAGAAUAGCAAAGAUCUGGAUGACACCAGUUCAUCUGAGGGCAGCACAAUAGAUAUUAAGCCUGACGUGGAGGAGGUGGCAGUCGUGGAGGUUGUAGAGGAGUACCUUGACCCAGAUGCCUGCUGGACAGAUGAAUGUGUGGCAAAAUACAAGUGCUGUGAUGUUCCCAUCACUCACGGCUGGGGGAAGCACUGGUGGUUCCUGAGGAAGACCUGCUAUCUGAUAGUGGAGCACAACUGGUUUGAAACACUCAUCAUCUUCAUGAUCUUACUUAGCAGUGGAGCCCUGGCCUUUGAGGACGUCUACAUUGAGCAGAGGAAGACUAUCCGAAUUAUUCUGGAGUAUGCUGAUCGCGUUUUCACGUACAUCUUCAUUUUGGAGAUGUUGCUCAAGUGGGUGGCUUACGGGUUCGUCAAGUACUUCACUAACGCCUGGUGCUGGUUGGACUUCUUCAUUGUGGAUGUGUCUAUAGUCAGCCUUAUAGCUAAUGCUUUGGGCUUCUCCGAUCUUGGCCCAAUUAAGUCACUCAGGACACUGAGGGCUUUGCGACCCCUCAGGGCCCUGUCACGUUUUGAAGGGAUGAGGGUUGUGGUGAACGCCUUGGUAGGGGCCAUCCCCUCCAUUAUGAACGUGCUACUAGUGUGUCUGAUCUUCUGGCUCAUCUUUAGCAUCAUGGGUGUGAAUCUGUUUGCUGGCAAGUACUAUUACUGCUACAAUGACACACAAGAGGAAAUGUUCCACCCUAAUGAGGUUAACAACCGAACGGAGUGUUUCGCGCUCAUUAACGAUAACCACACUGACGUCAGAUGGAAAAAUGUCAAAAUCAACUUUGACAAUGUGGGGGCAGGCUACCUGGCACUCCUGCAAGUGGCAACGUUCAAAGGAUGGAUGGAUAUUAUGUAUGCAGCAAUUGAUUCUCGAAAGGUGGAGGAUCAGCCGUUGUAUGAAGACAACCUAUACAUGUACAUCUACUUUGUCAUCUUUAUUAUCUUUGGUUCGUUCUUCACCCUAAAUCUCUUCAUUGGUGUCAUCAUUGACAACUUCAAUCAGCAAAAGAAAAAGUUUGGAGGUCAGGAUAUAUUCAUGACUGAAGAGCAGAAAAAAUACUACAAUGCCAUGAAGAAACUCGGCUCAAAGAAACCACAAAAGCCUAUACCCAGGCCUCAGAACAAAAUCCAGGGCAUGGUGUUUGACUUUGUGACUCAGCAGGUGUUCGACAUCUCGAUCAUGAUCCUCAUCUGCCUCAACAUGGUCACCAUGAUGGUGGAGACGGACGAUCAGUCAAAAGAGACAGAGGACGUGCUCUACUGGGUCAACUUUAUCUUCAUCGUUGUCUUCACUGGCGAGUUUUUACUGAAAUUGUUUGCACUGCGUCACUACUACUUCACCAAUGGCUGGAACAUCUUUGACGUGGUGGUGGUCAUCCUCUCCAUUGUGGGAAUGUUCCUCGCCGACCUGAUCGAAAAGUACUUUGUGUCGCCAACGCUCUUCAGGGUGAUCAGAUUGGCUCGUAUCGGUCGAAUCCUGCGGCUCAUCAAGGGCGCCAAAGGCAUCAGAACUCUGCUCUUCGCCCUGAUGAUGUCUCUCCCGGCCUUGUUCAACAUCGGCUUGCUGCUUUUCCUGGUCAUGUUCAUUUUCUCCAUCUUUGGAAUGUCCAACUUUGGUUACGUGAAACACGGGGCCGGAAUCGACGACAUGUACAACUUUGAGACAUUCGGCAACAGCAUGAUCAUCUUAUUUAUGAUCACCACGUCUGCUGGCUGGGACGGCCUGCUGCUGCCCAUUCUGAACUACCCUCCGGACUGCGACCCUUUCUUGGAGAAUCCCGGCACUCCUUCUACAGGAGACUGCGGCAACCCGUCGGUGGGCAUUUUCUUCUUUGUUAUGUAUAUCAUCAUUUCUUUCCUAAUUGUGGUCAACAUGUACAUCGCCAUCAUUUUGGAGAACUUCAGCGUGGCCACGGAAGAGAGCGCUGACCCGCUCAGCGAGGAUGACUUUGAGACAUUCUAUGAGAUUUGGGAGAAGUUCGACCCGACUGCCUCUCAGUUCAUCACGUACGCCAAGCUUUCCGACUUUGCGGACGCACUUGAACACCCGCUGCGAGUCCCCAAGCCUAACACCAUUGAACUCAUUGCCAUGGACAUGCCCAUGGUGAGCGGGGACCGCAUACACUGCCUGGACAUCCUGUUCGCCUUCACCAAGCGCGUGCUGGGCGACAGCGGCGAGUUGGACAUGUUGAGACAGCAAAUGGAGGAGCGAUUCGUGGCAGCCAAUCCUUCCAAGGUCUCCUACGAGCCCAUCACCACCACGCUGAGGCGCAAGCAGGAGGACGUGUCAGCCAGAAUCAUCCAAAGGGCCUACCGCUCCUACUUGGCGAGGCGGGGCUUCGUUUGCAAGCGCGUUCCAACUAACAACAGAGUGGAGAACGGCGGGAACAAUCAGGAACAAGAGAAGGAGGCCACGCCCUCCACCGCUUCCUUGCCCUCGUACGACAGCGUCACAAAACCUGACAAGGAGAAGGAGGACGACAACGAGGGCAAGGGAGGGAGGAACGAGAGAGGAAGAAACCAAAAAGACGUCAGGGAAUCCAAAUGUUAAGGCGACGGGAUAGUAAUAAUCACGCUAUUAACACCACAAAUUAUAACACGAGGAAACUCACGCCCGCACGGAUGUACAGAUUAUUUCCUUUGCAAGUCAGAAAAGAAUCAGUGUUUUUAUUUCCAGCCUUCAGAGGGAAGCGCUCACGCUGUCGACGGCUCGAAGAACGGCAAACUCCUCUCGUAAUCAGCUGUGACAUCAUUUGUAUCGAGAUGAUUGACAUCCACAGAGGAGACGAGGAGCUCCGAACGAAGGACUUCACGGAUGGUAGGCGGCCUUUGAGGAAAGGUGCCAGACUUUGUCUCUGAGAGCAAAGUAAACAAAGGAUGAGCGAAAGACACAAAUAACAGCGCAUCGCAAGUAUUUUUCUUUUGAUUUAAGCUAGAAAUUGUUGUUGUGAGCAGCAAAAAUGCAAACCAAUAUCAAAGGAACACUAUUUAGCAUUUUGCCCAUGCCACUUAACUCGCAUUAUUUAUACCCACCUUCAAGUGUUGUUUUCUUUUCAAAACGUGGGCUUUUUCACCAAUUUGUUCAGGGUCUGUUUAUUACGGGGGUGAACUCAGGCCAAGGGCUUACGUACAUUUACUCAGAACGAUUUCCAAAACAAAUACAUAGGUAAUUGUGCUUGUUCGAUGCAUAGAAAUGAUUUGCAUGAUGGCAUGUUUUUGACCAGAACUCUUGCAUGAACUUUUCAUAGUCCACAAAACACUAACACCGCAGUGGCGCGAUGCGAAGGGUCGAUCAUUCGAAACGGAAAUCUUGUCUCAUCACUCAAGACAUAACAAUUGUUGCCUCUAUAAAUAGAAGAAUGGAACAUGUCGGUAUAAUAAAACACACGCAGACACGCACACACACACUAGUGGAUUGCAGUUGUAAUGUGACUACUUAUUUGCUGCUCUCAAAGAUGUGGAAAGAAGAUGAAGGACGUGAUGUCAGAAAAUCAGAAGCUUAUAUUUAACGUUUCUAUGCACCUAUGUAAUGCUCCAUUUGCUUUUAUUGUUCAUGAGUGGUCAGUGGGGAUUUUACAAGUAUGGCCUUUUUAUUGGUGAUGCAUUUCCUUUCUAAAAGGGCUGAGAGGAGAUCUUAAGCUUAUUUACGUAAGUGUGUCCGUGCUUUAUUUUCUAGUUUUAUACACCUCAUUUAAGACGAGGGAAUAGCUGAAUGAAGUUGAAGAAUGAAAAAGGCAAAACAUUGGAGUGCGUGGAGAAGCCAAAGAGAUCUGCCUUGUUGAUUUUCAUCAGUGGAUGGGUUCGUGUUUAUGACGGAAUGUACAUUUAUGUUUGGGGAUUACAGUAUUUUUAUUUUGCUCUCAAUAGAGACCCGAGAAUUGUAUGCAAUGCUUGAAAACAAAAAAUCCUCCCCUUUUUCUCAGGAGUUAUUAUACGCGGUUAGCUCUGCUACAUAAUGCUAGUGAAUGUGACGGGAGUGUUUAUUAAAUAACAUUUCAUUGGCAUUUGUGUUUAAUGCCAUGAUGAUGAUGGGAAAUGAUCUCAGAUGGCUGCCUUGUCUCGGUCGGGGUCAUGGUCCGUUCUGUUGUAGAAUAUCCUGCUUAUGACGCUUAGCUUUAUAGGGGCUUGAAGCAUCUCAGUGAAAUAGACACUUUUAUUUUGUGUUGCUCUCGCUUGCAAAGUUACUGGUUAAAUUGGUAGUAGAUUGCGUCUCGAGGAAGUCAUUAUGGAUUCAAUUCAAUUCUCCAUUCAUGUCUGAAAACAAAAUAUUCACCCCAGUGGGACGUACACACAGGAAACACUGUGAGGUGAUGUCACAGAUUUGUACGAUUGAACUCACACACCCUCUCCGCGCCGCACUCAAUACCAAAUAACUACCAGAGCACUUGACGCAUCUCAUUGUGCCGUGAGCACACGCGCCGCAGUGGAGCUUUAGCACUGUGCAGUGAUGUCACUUCCUGUUUAUGGCCGGUUAACCCUCCCGUGUGUUUCAAAAUCCUGCAAAUGGUCCACUUUCUGCAUGAGUGCUCCAAAAUCAGUGUGGGUGUUGUUGACCCGAAACGUCUAUUCCCAUCGUGUAUUAAUAAUAGUUUGAAAAAAAAAAAAGGAAAAAAAUCAAUUCAGAAAAGUGGAUUCAUUUGAAAGAAGAAAAAAACAAGUACUGUAUAAGCUUUGUUCUGAAGCUAAAAUAAACUUUCAUAAGAACCUAAUGUAACAUUUUAUUUUAAUGGCAUGUGUAGUUUUUUGUAAAUACUGGUCUACGUCAAAACUACAGCUAUUAAUCUUACACUUAAUAUGAAUAAGCAUAAAUAGAAUGGCUUCCAGCUUCUGCCCCGUCACACUUGUUAGACUGUGACAUGAUUGUCAGAGUAGACCUUUUUUAUUCACUUUUCACACAAAAAAAAGGGAUUAAGGGAAAAUAAUCUAUAUUACAAAUCAAAGCCUUCAUUUACAGAGCUAUAUUGCAUAUAUAUAUAUAUACACAUACAUGUAUGUGUGUGUAUCUAUAUAUACUGUAUUUCUAUUACAUAGAUAAACAUAUAUAUAUAGUAUAUAUACUGUAUAUAUAUUAGAACAAUGUCUGUGAUGCAACUCGCCUGUCCACUUUUUGCAAGGAGGUGAAACUGAUCAUGCAGCUUUCUUUCUGUGUAUUGGGUCAAUAACCAAAACUCUGGGCCACCCAGCACCCAAAGGUGCGCCUAAGGGGCCAGCGCAUAAUGCAUGGUGUUACACUGGCUGCAUCAGAGAAUCGGGGAGCCUGCCUUGGUGGGAGGAUUGCACUAACCAGCAUACCCCUCUGUACAUGAACAGUAAUAUUUUGCCCUUUGUUUUCUUUGUGUACACACACAUUCAUAAUGCUGGUAUCACUUGUGUGUGUUGAGGUAUUUGCGCAUUACAGCUCUAACCCUCCGCCAUGUUUGUGACACAUCGACGCCACCUCCACUGCAAUAUGUGUAAAGACCCAAGGGUUAGUCAUCUUAGUUGCCUGUGUGUUUGUUUCUGGUGCAAUAUCUCUCAACGGCACGUGCCUUUUUAGCUUCCUAUUUAGUCUCUCAGUAAAAGUCGGCAACACAGAGCUCCAAAACCCACAGGAAGGAAUCAAAACAGAGCAUGAUAGUAGCAAUGUAUUGAGUCCAAAUGAGCUGGUAUAUUGCUAACCCAUCACAUAGGUUAGAUUGUGUGGACUAACAUCAUAUUGUAGAAUCAUGUAAUCCAAAUUGUCUCUCUUUCUCAAUCUUGUUCUCUCCCUCUCUCUUUCUCCCGAUGUUUUGUUUACAAGCUUUUGGCUUGGUAAAAGCCUGAUUUCUGUUUUGCAGGUUUCUGCCGUUUUCACAUCUUGGUCUGGAUUAUCUUUCACUACGUUGUGCGGGGCCAUUGCUUUGAUUUAGCAUGACUGGGAUAUUAUUGUUUUCUUUUGCUGAAAAUAGGCUGACUGUUGGGGGGAGCGGGCAAACAAUUUUUGAAUGUCAUUAUCUCUUGCCACUAAUGCAGCCAGAGAGAGGAACAUGUUGCACAACCACUUGAGACAAUUCAGUGAGAAUCAGUGAAAGAAUGUCUUCAUUUGAGCACGAAUCUAUUUCCAAACAAUAAAGCAGCCUUCCAGUUA